UUCCCUCCCCCUGCAGGAGGAAUGAGGUGAUGGGGCGGGCGGUGGGGGCAGCGGUGGCCAUGGCCGCCACGCUGGCCUUUGUUGUCAGCGCCACAGCCCACGACGGCGCAGGACCCACGCACUUCAACAUUGGCGGGAUCCUCUCCAACAAGGAGUCGGACGCGCACUUCAAGAAUACCAUAAUGCAGAUAAACGAAAACAGGACGUACGGAGCCCCCCAAACGCCCGGGUUGAUGCCGGUCUACGCGGUGAUCGGGUGCCCCUUGAGCGGGGACCUCUUCCCCCCGCCCCUCUCCUACACCAGCGGGUUCUACCACAUCCCGGUCAUCGGCAUCUCCUCCAGGGACUCGGCCUUCUCAGAUAAGAAUAUCCACGUCUCGUUCCUGCGGACGGUGCCGCCCUACAGCCACCAGGCCGACGUGUGGGUGGAGCUCCUGAAGACCUUCCAGUACACGCAGGUCGUCUUCGUCCACUCCUCCGAUACGGACGGAAGGGCGCUGCUCACUCGCUUCCAGAAUCAGGCUCAGAGCCACGAGGACGACAAAGACAUCAAGAUGGAAAAUGUGAUCGAGUUCGAGCCCGGCCUCAAUUCCUUCGUGGACAAGCUGAAGGAAAUGCGGGAGGCCUCUGCGAGAGUCUUCCUUCUCUAUGCCAGCAAGGAGGACGCCCGCACGAUCUUCCACGACGCAAGCUACAUGAACAUGACAGGGCGCGGGUACGUGUGGGUGGUGACGGAACAGGCCCUGAGCGCGGAGUACGUUCCGUCGGGCACCAUCGGCCUCAAGCUCGUCAACGCCUCCGAUGAGGACGCCCACAUCACGGACAAUUUAUACGUGCUGGCGAAGGCGCUGAAGAAGCUGCGGGAGGAGGAGAACGCGACGGAGCCUCCGCCGCAGAACUGCGACAACACGGGCGCCUCGUGGGAGACGGGGAAGAAGUUGUUUCAGUACAUCCUGGAGCAGGUGCUGAAGGAGGGGCUGACGGGCAAGGUCGCCUUCGACGAGAACGGCGACCGCAUCAAUGCCGAGUACGACAUCAUCAACAUUCAGGAAUUCAACGAGACGGACGGCCUGAAGAAGGAGCACGUUCCCGUCGGACAAUUCAUAUACAACAAGACGAAGGAGACGAUGAAGCUGCAGAUAGACGAGAGCGCCAUCAUCUGGCCAGGGAACACCACGGUCAAGCCUCAGGGUUACAUGAUCCCCACGCGACUCAAGGUCCUAACCAUCGAGGAGAAGCCCUUCGUCAACAUCCAGAAGAUCGACAGCAAGGCCAAGUGCCUGGGCAUGGGCAAGGUUCUGUGCCCCUGGUACAACGCCACGGCCGAGGGCACCGAUCUCUACUGCUGCACGGGCUACUGCAUCGACCUGCUCAUCACGCUCGCCAACAAGAUCAACUUCACCUUCGAGCUCGCGCUCUCCCCCGACGGAGAGUUCGGCUCACUGCAGAUGAAGGAGUCAGGAAAGAAAGAAUGGUCGGGUCUCAUCGGGCAGCUGGUCAACCAGACUCACGGCGCAGACAUGAUCGUCGCGCCGCUCACCAUCAACCCGGAGCGAGCGCAGGUCAUCGAGUUUUCGAAGCCCUUCAAGUACCAGGGAAUCACCAUUCUAGAGAAGAAGCAACCUCGCUACUCCACGCUAGUCUCCUUCCUUCAGCCUUUCCGAGACACGCUAUGGAUCCUCGUGAUGGUGUCCGUGCAUGUGGUGGCUCUGGUUCUCUACCUUCUAGACAGGUUUAGUCCCUUCGGCAGGUACAAGCUAGCAAACAUGGACGGCACAGAAGAAGAUGCCCUGAAUUUGUCCUCUGCAAUAUGGUUUGCUUGGGGAGUCUUGCUCAACAGUGGCAUUGGCGAAGGAACUCCCCGCAGCUUCAGCGCCCGCGUGCUGGGCAUGGUGUGGGCAGGCUUUGCCAUGAUCAUCGUCGCUUCCUACACUGCCAACCUGGCGGCCUUCCUCGUGCUCGACCGCCCGCAGACCUCCCUCACCGGCAUCAACGACGCUCGGCUGCGGAACCCGAUGGAGAACUUCACGUACGCUACGGUCAAGGGCUCGUCCGUGGACAUGUACUUCCGGCGGCAGGUGGAGCUGAGCAACAUGUACCGCACGAUGGAAGGCAACAAUUACCACACGGCCGAGGAAGCUAUUCAGGCCGUCAAGUCAGGGAAGCUGAAGGCGUUCAUCUGGGACAGCUCCCGACUGGAGUACGAGGCGGCGCAGGACUGCGAGCUGGUGACGGCGGGCGAGCUGUUCGGGCGCUCCGGCUACGGCAUCGGCCUCAAGAAGAACUCGCCGUGGGCGGACCGCGUCACGCUGGCCAUCCUGGAGUUCCACGAGAGCGGCUACAUGGAGGAGCUGGACAACAAGUGGAUCCUGCAGGGCAUGGACGACAAGUGCGACACCGACGACAAGGCGCCGGCCACGCUGGGCCUCAAGAACAUGGCGGGCGUGUUUAUCCUGGUGGCCGCCGGCAUCGUGGGCGGCAUCGGGCUCAUCAUCAUCGAAAUCAUCUACAAGAAGCAUCAAAUCCGGAAACAAAAGCGCCUAGAGAUCGCUCGACACGCCGCCGACAAGUGGAGAGGGGCCGUCGAGAAACGCAAGACGCUGCGAGCCUCCAUGAUGAACCAGAGAAGACUGAAGGCGAACGGCGUGAACGAGCCCUCGGUGAUCUGCGCCAACGUCGAGAGCGGGUCGAGCGCGGGCGCCGUCUCGGCCUCCAGCGGGGGCCCGUCGGCGAGCGCCGUGUCCUCCGACUUACCUCGUGUGAUUCCUCCGCCGCCCAGCGCUCCUCCCUUACCUCCUUCGCCUCCAGAACUGCCCCCAGAUGUGCCUCCCGCACCGCCCGCUCCGCGCUGGGGCAACGACAUCAGGCAACGCCACGUUUCCGCACAGGAUGAGGGGCUGCCCCCUCCCCCUCCCCCUCCUGCCGGCGUGGACACUAUGCGGCUUCAUGCAUCCUACAAGAACCUGUUCGGCCCUGACCCGCCCGACCUGGUGGUGUGAGCGCCUGUUGCGGCCUCUGUAUCAGAGGUGGUCAGGCUCAAAGGGACAAGUGGCCCUGGCGGGGAGGCCCACUGACUCCCCUCUUCAUUACGUCCACUCAGCGGCGCCGCGGGCAAGCCUCCCCGGGCCAAGCCUCCCCAGGCACCCAGCGCUGUCGCCGAAGGGCCUCCAGCCGGGCCGGGGAGGUACUUACUACGCUUCUCACUCGUCAACAACAUUGUAUAAAACCAUGGACCUUUAUAGCAUGUUAACAGUGGGUCACAGAACCUUGACCACAAUAACUUCAAUUAUUUAGUUUGGUAAAACACAUUACAGCAUUUAUGCUUGCUCCUGGUUAGAAAGCAAACUAUAAUUUGAGUCAGGUAAUCCACACAGACUUCCAAUGAUAUAUUAGGGAGAUACUUGUAGUCCAUUAAGGACUGGUAGACGCAUCCUUCAGUCACCUUUAGGGGCCAGAGGACGCGGUUGUUGAUCUGUUGUUGUCCUACAAUCUCCCACACCAACACCAGGAGUGUGCUAACUGUGGAGCGUUAGUGUGGAGCCCCAUCCAGUGUGAGGGAGCGGGGACUGCCCCCCUCAUCGCAAACGUGUGGGGUGGGGUCCUUUGCACCCCGUCAUUCCACUAAUGUGAGGUACGGGGCACUAGGAGUACCCUCAUGCUGCCAGUGUGAGGGGCGAGUGGCAAUGAGUGCCCCCUCAUUCCGCCAGUGUGAGGGGAUGACGUCCAGAAGCGCCCCUCAUGCUCCUCGCGUGGGGGGCCGGCAUGAAGAGGCACCCCCUCAUGCCGCCAGUAUGAGGGAAGGCGCCAAGGAGUCCCCCUCAUGCCGCCAGUAUGAGGAUUGGCGUCAAGGUGUAUCCCCUACUCUCGCGUUAUCCUUCUUUCUGUUAGCCUUGUAAGGUUCUGCUAAAUAUCUGGAAUCUACAUUGUUGAUGAUACGCUUAUUAACGUUGUGUGUUGUGACUCUGGACUGGCAUGGGACGGGACGAAGCAGCUGCCUCCUAUAUCCUAAUGUCCAAAACUCACGGUGUGCUGGUCUGUUCCCAACGUUAUUUGUAUGUACACUUAUUUGUAAUACCAGAGGCUGAGUAUAAUGGUUUUAUUAC